GCACAAAAGUGUGGAGGGCUACCUCUUUCAGUUGUCCUGGUAGCAGGUAUUCUCGAGACAACGGAGAAGGAAAAACACUCUUGGGAACAAGUUGCAAUAAAUUUAGGUUCACACAUUCAGGUGAAGUCAGAGGAUAUAAUAAAUCUCAGUUACCAAGAUUUACCAUUUCAUUUGAAACCUUGUUUUUUAUAUUUUGGAGUAUUUUUGGAGGACGAAGAGAUACAGGUUUCAAAGUUGACAUGGUUGUGGAUAGCAGAAGGUUUGGUAAAAACUCAUAAAGAGAAGCUUUCUGAGGAUUUAGCAGAAUAUUACUUGAAGAACCUUAUUGGAAAAAACCUCGUGAUGGUUUCCAAAAUAAGUUCUGAUGGUAAGAUCAAGGCAUGUCGCAUUCAUGACUUGUUACUUGAUUUUUGUAAACAAAAAGCUAAGGUGGAGAACUUUCUACAAUGCAUAAAAGGGGACAAUGGUAAUAUGAAUCCUUCUUAUCAGAAGCAUAGCAUUCCACGACGCUUAUGCCUUCACUUUCAAGGUGAUAAUCUUUCAAAAUGGAGUUCGAUUUGUUCAGAUGUACAAUCUUUCCACUUGAUGAGGGGCAAGAGAAUUGGAUUAUUUUCAAUAGCCCAUGCAUCACACACUUUCAACAGCUUCAAGUUUCUGUGGGUGCUAAAUUUAGAAUUCACUGUAAUUGACUCUUUUCCAGAAGCGUUAACUUGCUUGAGAUACGUUGCUGUUAGGGUUGCUGAAGAUUCUUCUUUAUCAUUCUCAGCCAAUCUUGUGAACCUUGAAACGUUAAUAGUUAAAGGACUUGGAGGGCGAGUAACUUUACCACCCACUCUCUGGAAGAUGGUCAAGUUGCGUCAUUUACACAUAUACAACCACGUUGUUUUCAAUAUAAACAAUUCUCUCCAAAAAUUGGAUGACUUGAGAACUCUUUCCUCAGCAUGGUUUCCUUGUACGGAAAACAUGAACAAGGUCUUUGAAAACAUACCAAAUCUUCAAAAACUGAGAUGCGAAGUUCCAAAAUUUGAUGGGUAUGACCCUGCAUUUAACAAUCUUACUAAGCUUGAAAUACUCAAGUUUUCUUGGGGUCGUGGAGCGGUCUGGGCCAACAAGCUGAACUUUCCACCAAGUCUGAAGAAAUUAACACUUUCCAAUUGUCGUAUAUUUAGUCUUGAAGAAAUCGCAACCAUCCCCAGACUUGUGGUACUCAAACUGCUACAUAUUACCAUUCGUUCCAAAGUAUGGAAAGUGACCGAUGAGCAGUUCCUUCACCUCAAAUUCUUGAAACUGCAAGAUCCUUCUUUUUCAGAAUGGAAUAUUUCAGAUGAUGCUUUUCCAUGCCUUGAGCACUUGGUGUUAAGAAGAUUGCAACAUCUUCAGGAGAUCCCUUAUCGCUUUGCAGACAUGCCGACUCUAAAAUCAAUUGAGGUGAUGGCAUGCAAGCAAUCGCUUGUUGAAUCAGCCGAGGAUAUCCAGAAAACACAAGUUGAAGUAAUGCAAAACUCUAAUUUCAAGCUCUUUAUCCAGAAGUAGAAUAGUCAUACCUUGACCCUCAAAUGCCAGCUCGAUUUGGUUAUCAGGUACUACCCCGUUGAGCCACUGCAACUGAAGUUAACUCUGUCUUUAUAUAUGUACUAGAUUCUAGAAUUCUUUUUCCUUGACACCUUACGUGUAGCUUAAAACAUUUCUGUUACUAUCAUUCACUCUUUUCGUGUACUCUUUUGAGCUAUACCACUGUCAAAGUUGGAACAAGAGCUACACCUUUUUGUUAAUCCAACUAGGAAAC